GAUUGGAAACCGACAGUUUAGUGUAAAUCGCUGCGUAUAGAAAAAAGUAUUUCACUAGCUUCUCUCAAUUUUCAUACAGGGCCGCAAUCAUCUGCACCUGGUUAUAAAUCUAAGUACGAUUCACAUAGCGUAUAUAUGUUUUUCCAUAUAAUCUUGAAUGAAUGUAUCGUUACAAUUAGGGCCGUAUGUGUUUAAAUGCCGUCGGAUGUGUUUGGAAAUGUAACACCUCCAUCUGCACUGCACCGACUCGUCCAACAACAUUACAGCGUACAGGCAGCGAUGGAGAAGACAUAAAGACACCGGACAGCUUCGUCCUUGUGUCAGUACCGUGUUUGCUCCUCUCAUCUGUGUCGGAUGUCCAUUUUGUUAAAAUGAAUUUCUUGCGUAAUCGCCUCGUUGUCUUGGUCCUGGUUCUCGCGGCCACGUUGCUGCUGUACCUGCUGCUUCCAUCCAUCCGUCAGGGCAGCAUGGAGCCGUCUCUUGAAGCUCAGAGAAUGGGUCUGAUGGCCACCUCCUCUCCUCCACUCACAAACAUCAACGUCACUGUCCGCACCGGACAACUGCCCGGGGAUCCACCGCUGUUCUUCAGAGAGGCCUUGCCCGUGGACACGGCAGGAAAACAGAUAUUACCGAGGCUACAAGUGGUUCUGCUGCAUGGUCAAGCCUUUACCUCCAAAACCUGGGAAGACCUCGGUACAAUGGCCCUGCUGGCAGCCAAUGGGUAUCAGGCUCUGGCCAUGGAUCUGCCAGGUUACGGAAAAUCGCCGGACUCGGAUGCUCUAAAGACCGACCAGAACCGGGUGGACCUCCUGUCUCGGUUCAUGGAGUCUUUGGGGGUCAGGGCACCUGUGCUGCUGAGCCCCUCCAUGAGUGGACUUUACUCACUGCCCUUCUUCAUGAAGAACCACGAGCAGCUGCACGGCUUCAUUCCCGUGGCACCGGUCGGUACCAGAGGAUACACUCCACAGCAGUACCAAAGUAUUCAGACUCCCACUCUGGUCGUGUACGGAUCCCUGGAUACAAACCUUGGGGCGCAGUCCCACAAGAACCUGAUACAACUUCCCAAUCACUCUGUGCUGAAGCUGGAAGGAGCUGGUCACGUCUGCUACAAGGACAAGCCCCGAGAGUUUCACCAGGGACUGAUGGAAUUCCUCAGCAAACUGAAAUGAGUUGAGGUGAUGGAAAGAUGACCAUACUAAUACAAAUAAUAAAUAAAAAGUUUCUGUUUAUGUUGAGGUGGUUAGAUUUUUUUUUUUUUUUUAAGAAUAUGAUCUUUCAUAUUCGUGUCACCUUGGAAGUUUCUCUGCAUGUGAAUUGGCUUCGUCGCAUGCCAAACUGUUCAGCAUAAUAUUUCAGAGUAAAAUCUUUUUUUUUCUAGUUUUUUUCUUUUUCUUAGGCAAAACCAUAAGAUUCAGCUGGUUUUUUUUUGGUUUUUUCCUCCUAAUGGCAGCAGUGUGUACAGGUGUGUGAUAUUUGUGUCCUUCUUGUCUCCGUUGCAUGAGAAAUCAUGGAAUAUCCUGGCUUUUAAUUCACCAAAUCAAAUGGUCGGAGCUGUGAAUAUGAACAGGAACAGGUGUGUGUGUGUAUGUGUGUGUGUGUGUGUUUUUAAAUGGCAUCUGUUUGUAGUUUUUGUGUGUAGUGUCAUAGUAAUCACUCCAGCUUCCAGAUUAUUUCCUUUUCUAACCAGAACAAAUUCUCUAAAAAAAAAAAAAGAAAAAGAAAGAAGAAGAAGAAGCGCAGGAUGUAGAAAGAAUAUUGUGUGUGUUGUUGUCUGUAUAUAAAGAUAUAUGUAAUAUAUUUGCAAUUUGCUUGGACAAUAAUGCAGAACAGAUUUGUGCAGCGCUUACAAUAAAAAUAUAAAUUGUGA